AUGGCCGUUGCCGCUUACGGCUCCAACUGCAAGACGGACUCGGAAGUGCGCUACUUGGACCUUCCAACUAGCCUCAAGACCGACUCUUUAGCACUCGCGUUGGCCAAUUCCACCUCCGACUCCCAGACUCUCUCCCUUGCGUGUCCUUCCCCUGGUGAAGUUGCCAACGACCCGCAGCUCGGCAACAACAUGCCUUUCUACUACCGCUUCAUCGAUUUCUCGGAUCUUCGCAACGACCUGGAUUUUGACCAUCCGAGCGAGCACAAGCAUUCGGGAAGGCCGCGUCUCCCCAGGAUUAGCGCAUGGAUGAAUCAGGUGGCCAGGGCACCCGAUCAGCUCCGACAGCGCAUGGCCUGGGCUUUGUCCCAGAUCCUGGUCGUAGGCCUUGGUGGCUUCACCUAUUCCGAGCAGCACGAGAUCUGGGUGAACUACUAUGACAUUCUCGUGCGCAAUGCCUUUGGGAACUACCUGGAUCUGCUCAGAGAAGUAACAUUCAACCCAUUGAUGGGCGAGUACCUGUCUUUCUUGCGAAAUACGGCCUUUGAUCACGACCAGAACUACCCUGACGAGAACUACGCCCGCGAGGUGCAAGCGGGAGGGGAGAAUUCCAGACUGAGUUCCAGCACAGGGUUCACCUUAACCCCAAAAAACCCACCUUUUUCAGGACUUAUAGAAAGAGAUCAUAUUAGGGAACCCUAA